AUGUCUACAAUGCGUCAGACUGGUACUCCCGCCUUGAAAAAUCUCUGGAGAACCGUUGCAUUGUGGAUGAACGCACCCACAAGACUUUCCUCCACAGGCAUAACAGGCACAUCAGUCUCGGGAGAGUCCAUGAGGGGCUUGAACACAGUCAUGUAUUCCACAAAGGCCCUAAGUUCCAAGGCCACGCACAGCAUGAAGUCGCCCCAGAAGCAGCUCAAUGACACUAAGAUGUCCACACAUGCUACUGGGACACAGGCAGGCUUGAAUUUUGAGAAAUGUCGAGUAAUGCAGACGACCAACUCCCUCCACGAGACUGUCUGGGUCAGCACUCAACAAAAUUGUACUUUGUCAAGCCGCGAUACAGGGGAUGGAAGGGAUCAGUUUGGAGAGGCAGGAGCUAUCCAGCAGUACGCAAGCCAGAUGAGGAAACUGCUCGACAUAGGCCUGUGGCCAUUGGAGCGGGUCGUCAUGGCUGUACUGAAAGUUUUCCCACAUGUAUACCUCCCGGUUCGCCCCAAGGGGAGGCCUGCAGAUGAUAGAGGAGUUUGGGGUGACUAUGAAGGAGUCGGAACCAUCCAAGAUGAUACCGUUCUUGCUGUCAAAAGGACCCAAGGCUAG